AUGCCUUUGAAUUCGGUGAGGGGAAAGUUGUUGAGGGAAAUCGGACUGCUGUACAAGGGAUGGCCCAAAGAACAGUGGAGUGCAUUCUACCGCGCCCAAGAUUUAUUCGAUGUCAACCAAAUCUCAGAGAACAGAUACUGUCGACAACCUGGCGCAGCAGUAGUUGACGCCGAGACUUAUCUCUGCUUGCUCGAAAAUUCCAGGAAGCAUCAAGAGUUGAUCAAAAUCUACCAUGGAAAAGGAGAGCGUUCUGUUCAAGAAGCUGCAAACUUGGUUGGCCUCAAACUUCCAGAACUAUACAAAGAGGACGAAGAGUAA